UUGCCUCCGCUGCGGCGGAGCGGGCAGGGCCAGGGGCGGAGUUUUCAGCGCAGCCCGCGGGUCUGGUCUCUGAUUGAGCGCGGCGGCCCUGGGGGCGGGACGGCUCUGCUUUUGACAGCUUGCCCCGGCACAGCCGCGACUGAGUUCGGUGGGUUCGGGAUCCUGUGGCCCCUUGCUCCGCGCGUCCCCGUCCCCCCGUGGCCCUGGCCCUGGCUGCGGCCAUGAAGCGCUUCUUCUCCUGCUCCAGCUCACAGGUGGCGGUGGAGAGAUGGAACCGCCGUGACCAGAAGCUGCUGGAGGCCGUGCAGCGGGGGGACGUGGGGCGCGUGGCCGCCCUGGCCUCCAGGAAGUCUUCCCGACCCACCAAGCUAGACGCCAACGGCCAGUCCCCCUUUCAUCUGGCAGCCUCCAAGGGCCUGACAGAAUGUCUGACUAUCCUGCUUGCANUGGGGACCCCACGGUGGGUAUGGGAUGAGAACGUUAACACUCUGUUCCAUGCGGCUUCCCUUUGUGGCUCUUCCCAGCAUGGUGCCAAUGAAGAUGCUGUGGAUGCAGAAAAUCGUAGUCCGCUGCACUGGGCAGCUUCCUCCGGCUGUGCCUCAAGUGUGCUCCUGCUGUGUGACCAUGAGGCCUUCCUGGAUGUCCUGGACAAUGAUGGACGCACACCCCUGAUGAUCGCCUCGCUGGGCGGUCACGCAGCUAUCUGCUCACAGUUACUGCAGAGAGGCGCCCGAGUCAAUGUCACAGACAAGGAUGACAAGUCAGCUCUGAUCCUGGCCUGCGAGAACGGCAGCGCCGAAGUGGCUGAGCUGCUCCUGAGCCAUGGAGCGGACGCGGGGGCGGUGGACAGCGCGGGCCACGAUGCUCUGUAUUACGGCCUGCGCACACAGGACCAGGCACUGUGGAAGCUGCUGCAGCAGGCCCUGAGCUGGCGGCGGGGAGGUCAGGGGCUAGUUCAACACCCAGAUGCUGCAUCUAAGGCCUCUCCAUCUGAACCUCCGGUGGGUUCUCCGCCCAAGAGCCCCCGGGAAGUCAAGCCCGGGGUGGAGCAGGAAAAGGAGCGAGAGGAUGUGUGCUCAGAGGAGUGGAAGUGGAAGUAUGAAGAGGAGCAGAAGAAAGUUUCUCAGUUGGAGCAGGAACUGGUGGGAAAGACAGAAGAGAGCAAGGCUCAGGCUGCAGCCUACCUGGGCCUGGCCAACCAGAUCCGGGAGCAGGUGCAGGAGCUGGGGCGGCUGCUCUUCCGGGAGCCCAGAGCUCCAGGCGGGCCGAGUCCUGGCAUCCGUCCUGGAGGGGAUGGCAUGGAGCAGGGCUGCCCCCUGGACCUGCUGGCUGAGGGCAUACGAGAGCUAAAGAAGCAGCAGCAGGCAGUAGCCGCAGCCGCAGCCAGCCCAGUGUUAGCUGCCAAGAAGACCGAAGAUUCGGCCCCCCGGGACAUGUAUUAUGAGGCCCAUGGAAGGUCCCAACCAGAACAGGGGCCACCCCAGGGCCCGGUGUCUGAGAUCCCGGGGGAAGCCACAGGGCAGCAACAGACGACUGUCGGUGGGCAGGCCCUUGGCCCUGAGCAUGCAGACCAGCCGCAUGCUGGCCAGAAGGAGAGGCCGAAGGCCCCCGGGGCGGAAAGAGCAGGCACAGCGGCUGAAGCAGCGGGCACAGCAGCCAUGAACCAGCUACUGCUACAACUGAGGGAGGAGCUGGCUGCCGCGUGGCGAGAGAAGGAUGCUGCCCUGGGGGCUUUGUCAAGACCCGUCCUGGAGGGAGUUCUGGGGAAGUCCCGGGCGGAGGCCACAGCGGCCGCCUGGGAGAAGAUGGAGGCCAGGCUGGAGCAGGUGCUGCUGAAGCUGGAUCGGGCCAAGGCGGGGCUGCGAGCAACCCCUGCGACCCCUGCGACUCCUGCCCAGGAGUCCAGAGAAGGAGCCCCAAAGGCAGGCUCCGAAGAGGAUGGAGAGAAGGCGACGUGGGCUCCCGGGACCCAGCGGGAGUCUCCAGGGGCCCCGGGCAGGCCGCAGACGCCGGGAGGAGGGCUGGCCAAGGGGAUGCUGGAGAAGGAGGUGUCGGCCCUGAGGCUGAGCAACAGCCACUUGCUGGAGGAGUUGGGGGAGCUGGGCCGGGAGCGGCAGCGGCUGCAAGGGGAGCUGCAGUCCCUGAGCCAGCGGCUGCAGCGGGAGUUUGUGCCCCGGCCCGUGGCGCAGGUCCAGCUCCAGCAGCUGCGGCGGAGCGUGGGGCUCCUGACGGACGAGCUGGCGGUGGAGAAGGAGGCCACGGAGAAGCUGCGGAGGCACCUGGCGUCCCAGAGCAGCGGCCUCCGCGGGCUGUGGGACUGCCUGCCCCCCGACCUGGUGGGCAAGGCCGGUGCCCGGCGCCCCGGCCCCGAGCCCCUGCAGGAGCUGCAGGCCUGCAUCAGCGCCCUGGUCGCCAGGCACCGCGAGGCGCAGCAGGUGCUGGCGAGGCUGGAGGAGGAAAACCAGCGGCUGCGGGGAGCCCCCGCCCCGCCCCCGGGGCCGGGCCCCUCCCCCCAGGUGGCAGCACCCCCGGAGGUGGCCGCUCUGGAGCAGGACCUGGGGCAGCUGGAGGAGGAGCUGCGCGCCGUGCAGGCCUCGAUGCGCGGGAAGAGCCAGGAGAUCGGGAAGCUGAAGCAGCUGCUGUACCAGGCCACGGAGGAGGUGGCCGAGCUGCGCGAGCGGGAGGCGGCCAGCCUGCGGCAGCACGAGCGGGCGCGCAGCUCGCUGGCGGCCCAGGCUCAGGCGUGGGGCCAGGAGCUGAAGGCCCUGCUGGAGAAGUACAACUCGGCCUGCCGCGAGGUGGGCCGCCUGCAGGAGGCCGUGGCCGACGAGCGCUGCCGAAGCGGGGACCUGGCGGCCCGGGCCACGGAGCAGGAGCGCCAGGCCAGCGAGAUGCGCGGGCGCUCGGAGCAGUUUGAGAAAACGGCGGGGCUGCUGAGAGAGAAGAUGGAGCAUCUUCUGGGGGCUUGCCAGGACAAGGAGGCCAAGAUCAAGGAGUUGCUGAAGAAGGUGGAGCAGCUUUCAGAGGAAGUCCUAGCAGUUCGGGGGGAAAAUGCUCGCCUUGCCUCGCAGCUGCGGGAUUCUCAGAAGAACCAUGAAGAGAUCAUCUCUACCUAUAGAAACCAUCUACUGAGUGCUGCUCAGGGCUACAUGGAACAAGAUGUAUACAAUAUCCUGCUGCGAAUCCUCAGCAGGCAGGAGAAGAGGGACAGCGCGGGCCCUGAGGGGUCCGGGAUUCCUCUCCUGUGA